AUACUCUUUGCCAUUCGCCUAACGCUUUAAGAUCGCCAUUUUGUUUUGCUAGAGUGCUUGUGCUGAGUUGUGAGUACGACUUGUCUCACAAAGCUUAAGGUUUUUAAACUCAUAACUGUAAUUAUUAGAGAUGGGAAAAGAAAAAAAAACCGAAACUACUGAUGGCUCAAGUGAGGAGGAGUAUGUGGUUGAAAAGGUGUUAAAUAAGAGAACUGUGAAAGGAAAGGUACAAUACUUGCUCAAAUGGAAAGGCUACAAAGAGGAAGAUAGUACUUGGGAGCCAGUAGAGAAUUUAGAGUGUGAAGAACUCAUCAAGAUAUUUGAAGAUAAUUUGAAAGAAAAAGAGUCCAAACCAAAGAAACCUGAAGACCGUACUAAGAAACGCGUUCGAGAGUUCAGCGAGGAGACCAACAGUGGAAAGAAGACAAAGAGGGCUACUAGCGUGUCUUCUGUUGAAGAGCCCAAGGACUCUAGACGUGAAAAGAAAGAUGAGAAAGUUAUUUGUGGCUUUGACAAAGGAUUCAAGGCUGAAAAGAUUAUAGGCGCGUCGGAUGCGACGGGUGAGCUGAUGUUCCUCAUCAAGUGGUCUGAGACCGACGAGGCGGAGCUGGUGCCGGCCAAGGUCGCCAACGUCAAGUGUCCUCAGGAGGUGAUUGCGUUCUACGAAGAGCGUCUGACCUGGCACAACCCGGCGGAGUCAGAAUGACUGUCGGCCCGUGCUUGGUGAGACGCGGGCGGCCUCGAGCGCCGCGCCCUCAACUGUGCACUCGACACUCGUAUACAUCCAGCACUGGGGGGAAUAUUAGGACUUGGCAACCUCAUUAAUACUUUUUAUUAGCUGUAAGUUAUAACUUGUAAUUUCUAUUUUUGUCUAUUUAGCAGUAUUUGAGGUAGCUUUCAACUAAACACUUGUUUAGGAGCCCCAGUCAGGAUUUCUUUAUAUAUGUUAUUGGUGUAGUAGUGUGAGAGUGAUUCUUGUAACUCAUUUAAUAAUAUUUUGACUCACUGUAGUUGUAUGGUAGGAUGGGGUCACAUGUGUCAAACCUCAACCAUCCAAACAUUGUUUAGCUUUUUGGUUUUUAUUUUAAAUUAAACUCUAAAAUAUCUCUUUGUUGAUUAUGCAAUAUGCCAUGCCACCACUCUGGCUGGCUUCCAUUGGCAAAGAGUAACAAUGUGAAAAGUAGUGCCAGCCAUUCAACAUUCAUACAUUAAUAGCACUGUGGAUGUAUGAGACAGGCAGUGGUGACCCCACUCAUUCAUGUAGGAAUAAAUUAUAAGUUUAAUGUAUUAGAGAUAGACAUGAGUUUUACUCAUUAAUUAGAUUAAGUUAUUAUAUAUAAUGUUACUGGUCAAAUCAGUGUCUCUUAGUGGUACAGCCCAGGCCUACACUACUUUGUAGUUAUUUAGGUAUAAUAAUGGUUUAAAUAAAAAUAAAUUUCAAUAAAAACAAGCUACUUAAAAAAAUAAUACACAACGCAAUACUCACAAUAAGAUUUGGUAACCCAGGAAAACUUAUAUCCUAGUUCUGUUGUCAGUUUGGCCCAGGACAAUAAAAUUUGGCCGGUAACAUGUGCAUAUAAAAUAUGUGUGGCGCAUAUAAUACCUAUGGAUAGUCUAGUGAGAUAAUUUUAUAUACUUAAUUCACUUUCUACAAACUGAAUAGCAUAACUUAAAGUCAAUAAUAAUAUCUGUGUCUUUAAUUUGUUCUCAAUCAACAAAUUAUUAUUUUAGGAGUGAGUUAGGAGCAGGUGUCAAUAAACACAUUGCACUUAGCAUAAAUCCUGAUAGAACAAGUGCGGACUUGUUCCAUAAGGAUUUUAAGUUUCAUUUUCACUUAGUGAACAAAUUAUUAUUUAAGAUAUGAACACAAAGUUCAAAUUUUUUUAUUGUUACGAAUGGUAUUUUGUUUAUUUGAUUUAAGAUCGGACUUUCAGAUAGCGCUUUUAAUCUUUACGUUUUAUGACGGAUUAAUAUAGUAAUAAAAAUCUUAUAAACAA